AUGGCCUCCAGCGAGAAAUCUCGCUCUAGUACCUCCACUCUCGAUCGCCCGACAGAACAGCCACAGCACAUGCAGAUACAGGAGCAGCCCGACCUCGAAAAGCAGGCCACAGGAAUUGCCGCUGAGACACCCGCAUCCACAGAACCACAAUAUCCAGAAUCGGACUUAAGUCGAGGUAUCGUUGGCUGGGAGAGUCAAGAUGAUCCUAACCACCCUCAAAAUUUCACCCCAUCUAAGAAGUGGUCGCUUCUCGCUCUGAUCAGUGCUUUCACCUUGGUUUCCCCGCUUGCCUCGAGUAUGUUCUCGCCUGCGGUGGUUUAUAUGGCCGACGAAUUCCACGAGACAAAUGAGACGAUCCUUUCCUUUUCCGUUAGCAUUUAUUUGAUCGGUUACACAGUCGGUCCCCUUCUCCUCGCACCCCUCAGUGAGCUUUAUGGACGUCGUGUCGUCCUCUCCGUCGCCAAUUGGUUCUUCGUCGUUUGGCAGAUUGGCUGUGCCCUUUCAAAGAACGUCCAGACAUUAAUUGUUUGUCGAUUGUUUGCCGGUAUCGGUGGAAGUGCAUGCAUCACCCUUGGAGCUGGUGUGGUUGCGGACAUGUUCCCGAGAGAGACUCGCGGCAUGGCAACCUCCAUCUGGAGUAUGGGCCCCUUGAUCGGUCCGGUCGUUGGUCCAAUUGCUGGAGGUUUCCUCGGAGAGCAGGUUAGCUGGCAGUGGAUCUUCUGGCUUCUGUUGAUUGUCGGGGGUGCCCUGCAGCUCUGCAUUGAAGUCCUCAACAAGGAGACCUAUGCCCCUGUUUUGAUCAAGUGGAAGACCGCCAAGAUGGCAAAGGAGCUUGGUCGUACUGACUUGGUCAGCGCGUAUGAAUUUGGUAAGGACAAGCUCACUGAUGCGGAGGUUUUGAAGCGUAGUCUCGUUCGACCGGCUCUGCUGUUGACCAAGUCGCCUAUUGUCGCACUUCUUUCGCUCUACAUGUCUUUGGUCUAUGGACUGCUCUACCUCUUCUUUACCACCAUCUCCGAUGUCUUCACUAGCGUCUACGGCUUCUCGGUUGGCCUAUCAGGUCUUGCAUACCUGGGUAUUGGUAUUGGUUUCUUCGUCGGUCUUUUCAUCAUGGCUUUGACAAAUGACCGUAUGGUCACAAGCCUGACCGUGAAGAAUGGCGGCAAAUUUGAGCCCGAGAUGAGACUGCCGACCAUGAUCAUCUUCUCCUGUAUUCUACCGAUCAGUUUCUUCUGGUACGGUUGGACCGCUGAUAAGCACGUCUUCUGGAUUGUGCCUAUCAUUGGCAUGUUCCCCUUCGGUGUGGGCAUGAUGGGUGUCUUUAUGCCCAUCCAAACCUAUAUCAUCGAUUGCUACCCAGCUUACGCGGCCUCGGCCAAUGCAGCCUUGACGGCGUCUCGAUCGCUUGUCGGUGCUCUCCUCCCACUCGCCGGUCCAAAGAUGUUCGACUCUCUGGGACUCGGCUGGGGAAACUCCCUACUCGGGUUUGUGGCGCUUGCAUUUGUUCCCGUCCCUAUCAUCUUCACGAAGUAUGGCAAGACCAUCCGUGAGAGAUGGACUGUCAACCUUGAAGGAAACUAG